AUGGCCUCCACAUCCCCUCUAUCCUCGCCAGCGACCACCCAAGCUCGCCCCAAACCAGGCCUCCUCCUCGUACACCCCCGCCUCCACGACCCCACCCCGACUAAUGCCGCUACAUUCCUCCGCUGGACGAAACUGCAUUUCAGAGAUAUGCUCAACAUACCCGACACGGGUUCCGGUCACGUCACUCAAGACUUGCGCGUUGAGCGCAAUGCGCUUCAAUCGCCUCUACUGCGUCUACCCCGCGAACUGCGCGAUCUUAUAUGGACCUUUACCUUUACGGGAACUGCAAAACCCGCGUGCAAGGUUUCCCGAUACUCUCCAUUCAGCGUCCUCACCGUAUGCCGACAAAUCUACACCGAAGCUAUCAGUCUGGCGGGUCCAUUCCUUACCUGGUCUUUCAUCUGCCUGCGAGACUACGAAUCCUUCUUUUGGGACAUAAUAUAUAGUGAAGGACCAAAGCACAAAAUUCGCCUCGUACACUCCAUACAGAUUGGCGUCGAUCCUUCGGAUCUAUACAUGCUAGCGCAGAUAGUAGAUCCGGGUACUGACGAUGAUGUGGAUGAUGAAACGGGCGAAUACCGCCCCACGCUCCGUGCUUUCGAGAAUCUAACACAUGUGGAACUACUACUGUCCGCUACGGGAUUCUUCCAGGAUUCUGAUGACGAGGACGACGAGGAAGCUGAGGAGACUGAACCAAACCGUUAUGAGAGCGAGUAUAUCGAGGAAGCCAGAGUCAACUUCACCAAAACUAUGGAACGGAAGCUUCCUAGUGUGCGUGUAACGUACAAGGACUUCGAUGACAGCUCGGCAAUGAAAAGGUUCUGGACAACGCAAGACCCCAGGGAGUUGAUUCUGCGGACGUCCUCUGGUCGGCGAGAACAACAAACGGCUUUGGAAUCUUGA